AGCAACAGCGCAUCGGAGUUGCCAACAGACGCCCGCGGACCGUCGUGGCGUAAGUGCGAACGUAUAAUAUUUUCCCGCCAGUGUCUUGCAUUCGAUGCCACUGCGGCAGAGAGCUCCACGUGCUAUCCAACGUGUGUUGCAUCAGCGUACUCGAAGUGCCCAGUACUAAACUGUUAAUCGAAUCGGGAGAGCUGCACCCUAGUGAGACCCACUUGGGGCGAGAGUGAGCACUCCCAGAGACCCCAAGCGCGAGUGGAAUAUUUGAAAGCAAUUUAUAAAAGUGUUAUUCCGCAUUUUAGCGCCUCCUAGUACCGUAUGGACUGUUGACACAGAAUGAAGUGGAUUAUUGUGUUUACGGUGGUAGUGUCACUUGUGACACUGCAAGCUUCGGCCUCAAGCGAGAAGAAACCCGAGAAACGACCAACCAAAAAAGCGAGCUCGGCGAAGCCAACAAAAACACCUAAAUCCAUUAUCGACGAAUUCACCGGCCUACCUCCGGACGAUAUCGACUUCAUCAAAGAGCUGGAUCGACAGUUCAACGAACAUGGUAAUAAGAUCCGUAUCAAGAUCCAGCAAGAGAACAGUACCGGUACGAAGAGCACUAAGCGUACCAUAGACGGUGAUCUAGGAUACGGGCACUACAGUAACCAGCCCGACAGAGGGUAUCAUUUUUCUAAGCCGAAAUUUAUGCUUUACCCCUAUGCCCAUCACAAUGGCCCUGUGAAAGCCACGCACGCUAGCGAGGAAACAGUCACCGAGCUUGAAAUAACACCGUCGCACAGUUACGAACUGAAACCAAUCGAAGAAGUUUAUCAAAUAUAUCCAACCGGUUAUCAGCAAUCUGCACGAGAGCAGCAAUACUAUCAGCAACACCAGCAGCAGGAUACUCCAGUUAUUGUUUUAAAAAUUCCUGGUCCCACCAAAUAUGCACAGCACUUGCAAGCAUUACUUCAACAGUACCUGGAAAUACGAGCAGCGCAACUGUACAAAGAACUUCAAGAACAAGAAUUUCAUCAACAACAGCAAGCUAUUCAGUUACAGCAGCAACAAUUAAUUCAACAGCAGCAACAGUACUAUCACCAUCAUCAAUCGCAGCCUCAGAACGAACAUCAAACACAACACGUACAGGCAGUGAAGUACAGCCAACCGGAUCCCUAUCAACCAACGCAAGAAGUAUAUGUGCCAGUAUACAAACCCAGACCGCAUGCUCCAGUCCACGGUCACUACUACGAAUCGUCCAAACACCGACCAACCCAACCAUCGUAUCGAAAACCUGUUGUCGUUCCAACCCACGUUGCCUAUCAUAGCUCUCCAGAACCUGAGCACCAAGCGUAUCAAUACGAAACCUAUCAUCAACACCAGCAAUCGCAAGAAUCUCCGCAGCACCAAGCUCAAGUUCAGUACCAGUACUUGCAACAACAACAACCUCCAAGCGCUCCAGAAGAGCAGCACCAAGAAUAUGUGUAUCAAAAACCUGUAAUCAAUUUCGUUACUCCCGUACCGGAACAUGACGACCAUCACGAAAACUACCAACCUCCUGCGAAGUACCAAAAUUUUGCCCAAUACCACGCCCACCACCAACCUGCACAUCAGGAAGCCGAGGAGUAUCUACCAGAACCGAAACUGGUCGAAAAUUAUCCCAGCGAUAAACACACACGAGUUGUCUACAAAUCUCAAACACUGAAAGCUCACCUACACCAUACAUCUCACGAGCAGGAAGAGUACACCCAGUCUCAUGCCCACCAACAAGAACAGUCGGAGGAACCCGAACAACAACAGUACAUCUAUCAAGCUAUCUAUUCCGGACAAACUCUAGAAGAUAAAUCAUUCAUCGAACCCGUAACUCCUGAGGCAAUCAACGACUUGCACAGUCACGCUUCCUCCCCUGUACCGGAUGUUGAACCACAGUACAACGAAGAAGCCGUCGUAACAAUUACGCAGAAACCCAAACGUGUCUACAACUAUCAUGCGAGCACUUCUCGAGCACAGGCCGGUCAUCGGAUGCAUGCGACCAGAUCUGCCAGCAACAAAAAUGACCCGUCCAGCAACGGUGGCAGUAGUAGCUCGAGCAACAACGAAUCCAACACUAAAGAAAGUACAUCGUCGAAGGCCUCCAACAAACGGGAUGCUCCCUACACGGAAGAGCAAUUCAAAAAGAUCAACAAAAUGGUACACCGAAUCAAAAAGAAAAGUCAAAUCAUUUCGACAACCUCCCGAAGUGCAGCGAGUACGAAGAAGAGUCAGUGAGGCCUAAGUCACUGCUGUAGUUAGAUUUGUUGUAUUUAGUCGGCUGAGAUCAGUUCGUAGGAUCCUUUAUUUAAUUCGUUAGUAUGUUAAUUAAACGAAAUAGAACACAAAAUCUCUAGUUAAGAAUUCGAUGGAGUUGUUCCUGCCUAGGAUACCGCCAUAAUGUGAUUUUUGGAAACCGUUUUUGUGUUGACUGCAGGCUAGAAAUAUUGUUGUUGGACAGAACUACAACUUGUUAAAUUUCCAUGUCGAAUGGAUUCUACUACUAUUCCGAGAUUAUAUCCUACGAUUAACCACACUUUAUUCUUGUUGGUACAUGUUAGGUCAAUCGGUAGAGCGAUAACAUUGUGAAUUUUGUAUCAUAGUCAUAUGUUUACAAGGCCGACCAAACAAGGUCGACGAAGUGUAUUUGUAGAUAUAGACAUAAACAGCUAUUCAAUAAUAACAAUAAUAAAACGACUAAAAACAUUGAAAAUGAUCUUAAUUAACUUCAGUUGAUGUCUGAGUGUUUCAAAUAUGCAUAACAAUUUUUAUACUUCACCGAAAUUAACCAAAACAUUUCCAGUUUCUUUUUUUUUAGAGUGCUUUGUUUA